AUGAACACCCACGUUGUCACAAUUGACGACUUCGAAGACGUUCCUUCCAACAGCGAAGCCGGCCUCAAGAAGGCGCUUGCGGCUCAGCCUGUUUCCGUCGCAAUUGAGGCGGAUCGCCGGGAAUUCCAGUUCUAUUCGAGUGGUAUUUUCGAUGGUGAGUGCGGCACAGAUCUGGACCAUGGCGUUCUGGCCGUCGGAUACGGCACAGAGAACGGAACGGAUUACUGGAUUGUGAAGAACUCGUGGGGUCCUCGCUGGGGUGACCACGGCUUCAUCAGGCUGGUCAGGAAUGUUGAAGCUGAGGAGGGCCAGUGCGGUAUUGCCAUGCAGGCAUCCUAUCCGAUCAAGAAGGGGCCCAACCCACCUCCCGGCCCUCAGCCUCCUCCCACUCCUCCUCCCUCUCCUGAGGUGUGUGACCGCAAGCACGAGUGCCCUCACGGCACCACCUGCUGCUGCGGACUCCCCCUUGGAAAGAUUUGCUUGUCGUGGGGAUGCUGCCCCAUGGAGCAUGCCACCUGCUGCGACGAUCACCACCACUGCUGCCCUCAGCAGUACCCCGUCUGCCGCACUGACAUUGGCAUCUGCACAAUGAGCCCCAACAUGGAGUUUGGAGUGCCGCUGCUCACUCGCUCCCAAGCCCACUUCCGCUGGCCAUUCCUGCGCGAUGUUCUGGGACGCAAGGUGGGACAGGAACAGGAGAAUGCCUCCUAG